UGCACCUUCUGGCCAAACACCAGCUCUUUUGUCACUAAUUGUCCCCUUUCUGGCUGAACCCCUGUCCAUCUGUGAUAUAAAAACAACAAAUCACAACAUGGCCCAUUUGUUAAAGCUAGAAUGUGUCUCACAAUACCAUUUUAGAUCAAAUAUUGUCCUGACUUACACGUCAUAUUCUACACACUGAAGAAAACAUCUUUUUUUUUGCAUAGAUCUGUACAAAUAACAUACGUCAUAAUCAUUUAAAAUGUUUUUUAAUGUAAAAAUUACUAAUAUCGCAAUCGCAAUUUCAGUCAAAAUAUCCUAUAUAUAAAAUAUAAUAUGUUCUGUGGUCAAGUUGUUAGCUGUUAUGAUUCAAAAAACAUGUGUCCAUAGUAUAAGGAGUUGACCAUGGUGGGACAUAUGCUGCCUGAAACCCCUCAGACCGUCAAGUGAUCAGCUGGUACUGUGUCACAGUGAACAGUGGCUGCUGGGAUGGAAAGUUCUGGACAGGUCCAUUUGGAUGACAAACCCAGUUAUUUUGAAUAUCUCCAAUUAUGGUGUGAAAUCUGUCACAAAAACACAUUUGUUGUCCUUGAUGCUGUUGUACAUGAAGGUCACAGCAAAGUUAAGACGCCCCAAAAUGCAUUUCCGCCUCCCUUUCGCUAUAUUGGUCAAUGUCGCAGCGUCCCGAGCCCCUGACCCCCUCAGCCCCGUCCAGCUGCUAGCAGAGCUUUUCAGUUUCCCAAGCCCCCCAGUGCCCUGGCUCUAUACACCCUCCCACCCAGUGUUGUACUCCCCCAGGCCCGACUGCCUGCCUGCCUGCUCGUCUUGGCAGAGAAACAGCCAAGGGAGGAUCAGGACGACCGGGCGGCCGAGAUAAGGAGCAUAUGAAGUUCUCCACAUUACCUCACCCGAUAAGGAAACAAGCAGAGAGAGAGAGAGAGAGACAGAGAGAGGGUCAGACUGGGAGGAAUUCUCUAGAUGGACAGUGAUGCACAGAGAAGCAGCAAGUGACGAUGGUGUUUUCACCACUUCUUUGGGGACCUGAGUGGAAGUGGGGCAUCUCAAAGACUGAACAAAAGUCGGUGAACAAAGUCCUCAAGGAGAGCCACCUCCGCUGCAUCCAUGGCUGUGAAUCCUCUGGAAGGUCUCACAAAGGUUGCAGCGAACCACCAGCUGGACUCCAGCUUCACGGAGGAGCCGCGGGUCCAGGAGCACGGUGCAGCCAGCAGCCCAGCAUCUGUGCACCGACACAGGCAGCACACACACAGCAACGGCCGCCGCGAGCCAAGGAAGUGGGUCCAGUCAAAGUGUGGGUCCAGGACAAACCCUGGUACCAGCUGUUGGUCUGUGGUCCAGUCCAGGACCCUGAGGAGUCAACACUCGCCACAAAUUGCAGAACGAGAGAGGAACCGUGUUCAAAGCCUACGACAGGCAUUCCACAGCCUGCAGGCUGCUCUGCCCUCAGUUCCACCUGACACCAAGUUAUCAAAGCUGGAUGUUCUGAUUCUGGCCACCAACUACAUCGCUUACCUAACACAGACUCUGGACCAGGGAGGGACGUUGGCUGAGAACACGCUGUCCAGGUCAGACGGGUACCUGCAUCCUGUGAAGAAGUGGCCCAUGCGUUCGCUGCUCUACUGCGGCAGCAUAGGUGAGCUGCUCUCAGGCGUCUCAGCCAAUCAGACGCCCCCACCUGGACAGGACGGGACACAACCCCUGCCCGCCGUCAUAAAAGCAGACAAAGAGUGAUAUUAGACCACGUGACACAACUUUCACCCAGUUUCUUAUCUUUACCCUGCAGCCGCUAUCGCUGGCAAAAGGACACAUCAAAGUUUAAUUUAUGUGGCGACGCUGAUGAGUAAAGAAAAAAGAAAAAGCUACUUUCAAAGCUAAUUAUUGGCGUGGAUCCGUGUGAAUGCAGUCACUGAAUACAAUCUUUCUGUUUGUGCUUUAUAUCAGUAUGAUGGGCGGGAACUUCAGUGAGCGUGCAGCUACAAGGACAGUCGCUCUUUUAGUUUAUGUUUUAUCUCCAGCUGUUGAAAAGAAAAUCAAUAAAUUAUGAAAGCCGA